CUCGCUGCGAUCCUCACUCAAACCAGACCUGUUUUUGAGUAAUCCGUCGACCACGAUCAUCUUUGAAUAAUCACUCCCAUAAAUCGAAGCCCUAACAUCGAUCCAAUUUGUGUAGAAGUUUAAGUUGGGAGUGACAUUUCAUUGCUCAAUGGAAGCAUCAAUGGAUGCAACGCCAUUCCCUGCAUGGUCGUGGUCGGUGGAGCAGUGUUUGAAAGAGUACAAGGUGAAACUAGACAAGGGUCUAAGCUCUUAUGAUGUCGAGAAGAGGCGAGAGAGGUAUGGUUGGAAUGAGCUUAAGAAAGAAAAGGGAAAGCCCCUGUGGCGGCUUGUUCUAGAACAGUUUGAUGAUAUGCUUGUCAAGAUCCUCCUUGUGGCAGCCUGCAUAUCAUUCAUUCUAGCUUAUUUGCAUGGAAAUGAAAAUGGGGCUGCAUAUCAGUCAAUUGCUCUUGUGGCAGCCUGCAUAUCAGUCAGUUGCUCUUGCCAAGUUAGACAUGCACCAGGAUGCUGCUGA